AUGAUGCUGGCACUCCCGCAACGGCGGCUGACGAGGGUUUUGACUAUUCUUGCCUUCUUCCUUGCACUCGCCGUUCUCAGCCAUAUCUUCUAUGCCCCCAUCGACCCCAAGGCUAUUCAAAGCAAAAUCACAUCAGGGACACCCUUCUCGAGCUCACGACCUAAACAUGACCCCAAACGUCUUCACAUACUCGUGCCGGCAACGAGUACAAAUCAUCACCUGUGUCAAUUAUUGACCUCCGCCGCCAUUCUCGGCUAUCCCGCUCCGGUCUUGAUCAAUUGGGGCGGAGCUGAGGAUGCCGACGAUUACGUCCAGCAUCUCGCAAAGGUGGAAGGUGUCCUCGACUAUGUCGAAGCUCUGCCGGAAGAGCAACAAGACGAGCUCGUCUUUAUGAUGGACGGGUUCGACGCGUGGUUCCAGCUUCCGCCGUCACUCAUGAUCAAGCGUUACUACGAUGUUGUCGACUACGCUCAACAACAUAACGCCAAGCUUUAUGGACAUGCUGCACUGUCCAAGUACAACAUCAAAGACACUGUGCUCUUUGGCCCGGACAAACUCUGCUGGCCAGGCGACGGUCGCCGAGCAGCCUGCUGGGCCGUUCCGAAUUCUUGGAUGGACGAGCGAUCCUUCGGCCCCGACACCGACCACGGCAUCACCGAGCACAAUCGCGCACGCUGGCUCAACUCUGGUACCAUCAUGGGACCUGCCCGCGAGAUUCGUGACGUCUUUGCUGCCACUCUGCAGAAGAUUCAUGAUCACCACACCACUGAUUCUGACCAAUUUUACUUCGCAAAUGUGUGGGCUGAUCAAUCUUACGCACGACGCCUUGUCCAGCUAGAAUAUGACCGUGCUCGUGGCUUGAAUAUCACCGACGCUGAAGCCUUCCUGCAUCCACCUUCACCACCCGUGGAAGAAGGACAGCCACCGCCCGAAGACGAGAAGGAAAUCCCUGAGCUCUCAGAUGAUAAGCGCAGCGAGUACUUUAUUGGACUGGAUUUCAGCUCCGAUAUCUGGCAAACCAUCGCCUUCUACGAGGACUACAUGACGUGGGUCCAGCACAAUCUGUCGAACCGCUACGUCUCCUCCUCAGCCAAGUCCAUCAACCCGGCCCACUACUUCAAACUACCCAGCGAUCUGGCCGGUCUCUCACCUCUGACGGCCCUCGCUCGCACAGGCGAUAGCUCAAGCAUCUGGGCCUCCCUGCCCGAGGCGCUAAAGUCCUGGACCACCCUGCCUCUGGCGACCAACACGGUCACCAAGACAGUGGCGCCGGUGCUACACUUCACCGGUAAAAAGGGCUAUCGUGAGCUGUGGUGGCCGCGCAAUUGGUUCUGGCCCUACCAGAAAGAAUUGUUGGCCUUGCUGCGUCAGCGCGGUGUGGCGAGCGACGGCAAGUUUCGAGAGCCACUGGCUGGCGCGUGGACGUACCGAGAGAAGACGAUGGGUUGGAUCAAAUGGGAGGAUGGCCUGUGUCAGCAGUAUGAGGAGCGGCUGAGGAGGAAGUAUGCUUGA